CGCCGUUUGUUGUGCCGGUGAUUGCCCUUGUUGGGCGCAGCCGCCGCGAUGCGGUCCGCCCUGCUGCGGUCGCGUGGCCUGCUGCCCGGGCUGGCCUCGUCCGGCGCCAGCCGUCUGCGGAGCGCCAUGGCGACGCCCAAGCUGCGGCUCGAGCCUCAGCUCGAGGCGGUGCUCUCUCGCUUCCGCGCCUCGACCAAAGGAGACGGCAGGCCAAAGGAGGAGGUGUCAUCGCGGCUGGUGGAGGAGUUCGAGCGGCUGCAGAGCCGCAAGGUGCAGCGGGUCCUCCUCGUCUGCUCCGACUACGACUCGUACACCUUCGAGCAGGACGGGCUGCUCACGGAGCUGGUUGACGAGGAGUACGCCGAGAGCGGGCUGACCAAGCCGCCGACGAUCGAGCGCGUCUCGACGCCGGAGGCGGCGCUCGCGCGGGUGCGCGCCGACCCGACCAACUUCGACAUGAUCAUCACGCUCCUCCGCAGCGAGGGCCGCACGAUGAACACGGGCGAGUUCGUCUCGUCGGUGCAGCAAGUCAACCCGGCGCUGCCGAUCGGGCUGCUCGCGCUCUCGCCGUCGGAGCUGACGGCGAUCGACUCGCGCAUCGACCGCAACCUGCGCAUCAACGUCAACAAGCGCCUCAUGUGGGAGACUGGCGACGCCGCCCUCAAGGCGGGCACGGCGGCCGUCGACAGCCGCGCAGGCAGCUCCGCGCGCGUCGCAGACGCUUGGGUGUGGCCCUUUGUCUGGCAAGGGAACGUGUCGCUCUUCACCGCGAUGUUCAAGGCGGUGGAGGACCGGCUCAACGCGGCCAACGACUCGGAGUACGGCGUCCAGUCCAUCCUGCUCGUCGAGGACAACGUCAAGUUUUACAGCUUCCCGCGCGACGGCGAGCACGACCCCUUCGCCGGAGUCAGCUUCGCAGAGCAUGACAUGAUGUUUGGGCCGCUCACCUUCCAGGACGGGCUGACGGGCAGCGAGCUCGGGUCCGCGCGCGAGUGCCACCUCUCCAAGUGGUUCCUCGCGCGCGCCGAGUUCUCGCUCGCGCGGCGCUUCCGCGCGUCAAACUACCCGACCGACUUCAUCGACCCCGAGGGGCGCGAGCGCGCCGACUGGCUGCGCAACUGGAUCCUCUCCGAGACGCGCGCGCACCGCAACAAGCUCGCGUCGGGCGUCGAGAACGUGCACUCGGCCGACGCGAGUACGACGAUCGUGCGGCUCGGCAAGGGCUCGCUCGGCGGCAAGGGGCGCGGCUUCCGUUUCCUCCACUCGAUCGAGGACAAGUACUCUCUGUCGACGCUGCUGCCUGAGCUCGAGAUGGUGGUCCCUCGCUCCUUCAUCCUCGCGACCGAGGUCUUCGACCGCUUCAUCGAGGACAACAAGCUCAUGGUGCCCGCCCUCAACGCGACGACCAACGAGGAGGUGCGCGAGAUGUUCGCCGCCGCGACGCUGCCGCAGGACGUCACCGUCGAGCUGCGCCGCUACCUGGAGGCGCAGACCAGCCCGCUCGCCGUCCGUUCGUCGUCCCUCUUCGAGGACGCGUUUCUGCAGCCCUUCGCCGGCAUCUACGAGUCCAUCAUGCUGCCGAACACGGCGGGCUCGCUCGAGGCGCGGCUCGACGAGCUCUCUUGGGCGGUGCGGAUGGUGUAUGCGUCCGCCUACUGCCUCGAGGCGCGCGCCUACUCGGAGGGGACCGGCAACCGCGCCGAGGAGGAGAAGAUGGCGGUCAUCAUGCAGGAGGUGGUGGGCGACGUGCACGGCGACCACUUCUACCCCUCCCUCGCCGGCGUCGCGAACUCGAUCGACUUUUACCCGCGGCCGCACACGCAGCCCGAGGACGGCUGCGCGCAGCUGCGGCUCGGGCUCGGCUUCGGCGUCGUCGACAACCUUCCGUCCGUCCACCUCUCGCUCGGCGACCCGGCCAACCCGACCGGCUACGCCGAGGGGGAGAUGCAAGUCUCGGCCCUCAACCUCGCCGCCCGGCCGGGCGCCGCCGCCGGCGAGGACUCGCUGCUCGUGUCGCUGCCCGCCGAGAGCGGCGCCGCCGCCGCGGCUCUCACGACGGUGCCGCGCCUGAGCGCGGGCUCGGUCGUGGCCGCGCCGGAGGCCGCGUCCUCGGUGCCGCUCUCGCACGACGUCCACGGCGAGCGGGUGGUCUUCAAGCAGGGCUACGGCGAGGAGCGGCGCGGCGAGGCGCCGCCGCCGCCCGACGAGUCGGCCGUGGUGCUCCCUCUGCAGCGAGCCCUCUCCGGGGAGGUGCCUCUGGCGAGCGCCCUCGCCUUCCUGCUGCGGCUCGGCUCGGCCGGCCUCGGCUGCCCCGUCGAGAUCGAGUUUGCGCUCCGGCUGCGCAAGGACGCCGGCAGCCGGCACCAGCUGCACGUGCUGCAGAUGCGGCCGCAGGCGGACCUCUCGUCCAAUAACACGGCGCGUGCGCUCCGCUUCCGCUACCUCCCGACGAGCGACUACGCCGCCAUGGCCUCGAAGCACGCGCUCGGCCACGGCCGCUUCGAGCAGAUCCGCGACGUGGUCUUUGUGCCGCCGGGCCGCUUCUCGCCCGAGAACACGACCGCCAUCGCCGCCGAGAUUAGCGCUAUCAACGCGCAGCUGCGCGCCGAGGGGAGGAAGUGCUUGCUGAUCGCGCCGGGGCGGUGGGGCUCCGCCGACACGGCGCGCGGCAUCCCGGUGGGCUGGGCAGACAUCGACGCCUCGACUUUCAUCGUCGAGACGACCGUGCCCGGCAGCGCAAAGGUGCCGCUCUCGCAGGGGUCGCACUUCUUCCAGAACCUCCUCUCCUUCGGGCACGGCUACGCCACGGUCGAGGAGGGCUCCGACGAGUACGCCGACUACGACUAUUGGGAGCGCCUCCCUGCAGAGGCGGGGUCCGGCGAGUUUGCGCGGCACGUCCGGCUGCCCGAGCCGCUCGAGGUGGUGGUGGACGGCAUGUCGCGCCGCGGCGUCGUGAUGAAGCCGGGCAAGCCGUUCGAGGUGUACAUUGCGCAAGUGGACGCAUUCAUGGCCAUCCAGGAGCAGGCCAGCGGCAGCAUGUAGAGGGUUGCCGCUUCCUUUCGCUUCGGUCUCCCCGCGACGAGGGCCGCCCUUUUGUGGCGGAGCGCCCUGCUUUUGUACUGUACCCUCAGCUCUCUUGCUUCGCCACUCGCGCCCCGCCCGCGACCCGCGCCGACUUGGCUGGGCGCGCUCAAGUCUCGCCCGGUGCUACGCGCUGGUCGUUCUUCCUGCCAGUUCCGUCGGAUUCGGUCGGAUGUCCUGUGGUAUGACGUAUGUCGUAUCUCGCGGCGCGGCCUGGGCGAGCUACUAGCUACUAGACCCUGCGGCAGCGCCUGCGCACCUCUAGCUAGACCCCCCCCCCCGCCGGCCGAGCGUUGCCGCUCUAAACGACUUGCUCAUAAGUCAUACAAACGUGUUUGGACUUUGAUUAUUGAAGAACGAAAAGAGCUUGC